AUGAAGGUCUUCGUGUGUCUGUUAGCCCUUGCGGUUGUCGUUAGAGCCGGUUACAUAAGUAGCGGUGGUUGGUCUGGCGGAGGAGGGGGAGGAAGCGGCGGCUGGUCCAGUGGCGGCGGUGGCGGCUACGGCGGCGGCGGCGGCGGCGGCUAUGGGGGCGGCGGUGGUGGCUGGAAACUAGGUGGAAGCGGCGGUGGCUGGUCCAGCGGAGGCGGCGGUGGUGGCUGGAAAAGUGGGGGCGGCGGCGGUGGUGGCGGCUGGAAGAGUGGAGGUGGCGGUGGUGGCUGGUCCGGCGGCGGCGGCGGCAGCGGUGGACAAGUAAAAAUCAUCAAGAUCAUAACCACCGGCGGAGGCGGUGGCGGUCAUGGCGGUGGUUAUGGUGGCGGCAGCGGCGGCGGCGGCGGCUGGAACUUAGGAGGUGGAAGUAGCGGCUGGUCCAGCGGUGGCGGUAGCAGUGGAUGGUCCAGUGGUGGCGGCGGUGGCGGCUGGAAGCUCGGCGGUAGCGGUGGUGGCUGGUCUAGCGGCGGCGGCGGCGGUGGCUGGAAAUCUGGGGGUGGCGGCGGCGGCGGCGGUUGGUGGUGA